GGGCUUGGGUGGUCGUGGCGAUAAUAGGCAGAAGAAAUUAUUGACUGUGCUGUAUUAUGAAAAUGAUAGAUUGCGUGACGAAGCAAACGGCUGUGGCGAAGCUCGUGGCCCUCUAUCUACUCGGGCGUUGUCAGGCUCCCAAGCCGCCCAUCCCAUCCCACAGCAUUUUGACCUCAGGCUGGCUUUCAAGCCCAUCCCAUCCCACCACAGCAUUUGUUGACCACCAGUGAGCCUCUUCAGCGGUAUCGGGCUCCCCUCUUGGCUGAGGGGGGACCAACGUGGCUAUCUUCAGGGUAAGGAAUAUGGUGCGGAAGAGCAUAAGCAAAUCGAAUGGUGAGGCGGACUGGCACAACCGUGCAUAAGCCAACCACAACGAAUCUCGAAAUCGUCGGUGACGUCUGAUUUGCUGCCCGACUUUCGAGUCCUGUAGCAGGCUAGCCAGUGAUGUCCACCAUCAAACCCUCCCCCCCGCACCCUCAAAUUCUCCCUCGACGACCACCAACACCACAGUGGACAGUGUGGACAGUGGAUGGACGGGGAAUAGUCAGGCUGGGGCCGGGGUGCCACGACGAUGCGAAACUUCGCUUUUGUUGCCUGGAGAUAUGGGUGAUAGAGGUCACUCAGCGUGCCGUGUGAGAGGAGACCAGGCUGGGUCUUCUCGCCCAACCGGUGUGGUGGUUGAUGCUCCCUGUUGGGUCGAGGAUCGCUGACAUCCAACCCACUGAUCCCACGGGCCCUGCAACUCUCUGAAUGUGAUCCUACCACCAUGCAUUAAGGCCCUUGGGAGCCACACACCGAAACCUCGAGAUUCAAUCAGAGAGCCGCCCUGUCUUGUUGAUACCCAUACCAACCAUACAUACCCACGAGCUUACACAGCCUCACACGCUUUAUCCUCCUCAGCGCCUUACAUUACUUCGCUCCCCUCUGACCGCCGUCCCUUUUCGAAAUUUAUUCUCUUGCGAACCACCUUGAAAGGCAAUCACAGACGCCUCAAACACGAUAGCCGAAUUCCUCCUCUAUUAUCUUCAGGCCCACAUAGUUUGUUCUUCGCAAACCGUCAUGAUGUCGACAAGCUUCACUGGCAAUCCCAUACCCGGGCAACAGCAACAAGAGAGACAACAACAGGAUCAGGAACAAUGGAGACGGGAGCUAUUGGAAUUACAGGCUCGAAUCAGUGCUCAACUGGCCGCAUGCCCACCGCUUCCGGCCGCGUCGUCCCAGCCCACCAUGUCCACCGACCGCCCGCCGAUACACCGCCGACAACGCUCUCAGAAUGAGAUCUCGAGGUCUCUAUCCAUGGCUGGAAACACAAGCCGCGCUGCCUUCCCGGGACGAAACCAUGUGGGAUCUAUGGGGAUGUCGAGGAGCGUGUCACAACAUUCUGGAGGCCCUGUGGCCAUGUCCCGGACCAAGUCUAUGGGAGCACCGCCGUCUUCGAUGUCGAGGUCCUUCUCUAGCAGCGGACGCACUGCCCCCGGCCAGCAGAUGACGGGAGGCCAUCCGAGCUCAGCCGACAUCGACGCAUGGCAAUCUCAUCAAGAUGGCCCAUACACCUAUCAGCAAUACCAUCAAGCACAGCCGGAGCUAGCACAGGUCCCGGAACUGGACGUCGGCGAGGAUCCCAGCAACUACUUCUCGCGGAGAAGGACGCCCUACCUCUCGGUGACGACAACGGACUUUCCCCCGAACAACUUCAUGAUCAACAACCCUGCCCAGGCCAGAUUAUCACCAUCAAGGCGCAGUACAUUCAGUAACCCAGCCCCGAAUACUCCGAGCAGCACGACGCUAACAACGGAUAACACAUUUGUAAGUGAUAUGAGCCGCCAGAGCAGCACAUGCAAUGAAGCUCUUCAGAGCUUCCAGAUGAUGAAUGUUCACUCGAAUACUUCUAUGUUUUCUGAUAUCAGCUCCACCGACGAUGCAUUCUACAGCGGCUCGACGCAAUACUACCCGCCAUCCGACUUAAAGCAGGUAUCCUCGAGCGAAGAGCAGAACCUUUUGCUGGCUGGUGCUGGCGGGGCUGGCUACAGCCAGCAAGCACCUUACCCAUUGUUCGCUCCUCAGAAGAUGAUGUCUUCAACUUCGAGUCGUCACGUGGAACGUAUGCAGCGGACAGAAUCGACCGACAGCAAUAUAUCAUCCUCAUCGGCCUCCAGGUCUCGACAACAGCUACAGAGACAAAACCAGCUCGCAACCAACCGCAAGUUAGCACCAAAGGGCGGCAGCGAUGACGAUGAAUCCCAAACAGUCUCACCGCUCGUCCGCAUCAAGUCGAAAGACGGCCAAGAGGAUAAGUUCGUUGCCCAAAUCUCCAAAACCCCCUACCAGCGCCCCAAGCACGAACGCCUCCACUGCGACCUCUGCGACGACCGCGAAGGCUUCCGCGGCGCCCACGAGCUCGGCCGCCACAAGGACCGCCAGCACAAGGACAUGGUCAAGAAAUGGGUGUGCAUCGAGCCUCUCGACGGCGUCAAGGACGAGUUCCGCCCCAUCAACUCCCUCGCCAAGUGCAAGGCGUGCACCCAGCAGAACAAGAAGUACGGCGCCUACUACAACGCCGCCGCCCACCUCCGACGCGCCCACUUCGUGCCCAAGCCCCGCGGCAGGAAUAAGUCGGGGAAGGCGGACGAUAAGUCCGAGAAGCGCGGGGGCAAGGGAGGGGGGGACUGGCCCCCGAUGAAGGAGCUGAAGCGCUGGAUGAAGGAUGUGUAUGAGUCCUCUGAUGUGGUGCAGCAAGAUGACGACGAGGAGUCCGGCGACGAAGACGUCCUCCUCGCUGAUCUCGAGGAUCCGACUAUGGCGACGCCGGCGAGUCAGAUGGCUUUCGAUCAGAGCUUCCUCUACCCCGUCGACGCCCCGAUGUUCGACUACUCCUCCUCUGGCGGCUCGAGCUUCGUCACCCCCAACGAGGGCAUUGACAUGAACGACAUGGGCGGCGUGAUGAACGCCUCCUUCGCGCAGGGGUUCUCGCACCACGGCGAGUUCAACCAGUCGAUGUUGAUGCCCAGCAGCCAGCAGUCGAGCGAAUUCGACGCCUCGAUGGUGAUGACUGCUGAUGACCUGUCAUCCUUCAUCGACGCGCAUCAACCCCACCAUCCUUCUUUUGCUACACAGAACACCCUCCUCUCCCACCAGACUUUCAUCGACCCAGAGCUCGCCUCUGACUUCCUCUCGUAUGACGCGACUAUGUAAGGUUUUUGUUGUGCAGGGGGUGCUUGGCUCAAUCGUAGGAUUGGGCGCAACGAUGUGUCUGGUGUUUCUGCACCCAUCUUCUGUUCUAUCUUGUCCUACUUCUUGUUUUCUCUUUGUUUACCUUUACCCAUUCGUGAUGAAGUGAUGCAGCGUGGUGAGCAGCUAUUCAUACCUCCCCCUUCCCCUUCCUCCAACAUUCGUGUGUGUGAUGAAGUUGGAAAGAAUCAGGAAGGAAAAUUACACAUCUACACAUCAUCAUCACUUGGAAGUCAAAACUCCUACGCAUACCCCUCCUCCUUCAUCACAAACUACACCUUUUUUUUUUCAUCUUUCCUCUUCGAAACAUGUCUAUUGUUCGGGCCUCUUCUACAUCAUAUUAAUCGCAAAAAACCCUUCCUAUUUUUCUAUUUCUAUUUUCUAUUUAUUUCCACUACUCUACUCUUAUUUCUGGGUGUGGGGUUGGCGGGGCUGGGCUUGCAACGCACGAGAGUUGCAUGUACAUAUGGUAUCCGCAAGGUCGAGUCUGGGGAAAGCGGCGGCGGGCGCGAUAUUCUACAGUGGGCGGAAAACGACCCUUGAUGAUGGAUCGAUGUGGGUGUUUUUUUUUGGGAAUGGCAAUUUGGGAUGGGCAAUGUUCGGCUGGAGUGCGGGGGAGGGACGACGGCAAGGGGGGACGGCAAAGUUGAGUGGAGAUCGAAGUGCUCGAAUCUACGGUACGAUAUUCAAAGGAAAUAAUAUUUUCUUCUCACGAAAGAAACGGACGGCUUUUUAUGACGAACAACGUAUUUUAUUUUAUUCAUUUGGCAAAGCGAAGCGUGUGAAGGGCUGGUGGUAAUUCUUGAAGGGGGGGAUGUAUAAAUCGGUGGUUUUUCAAUAUCAUAGCCAUAUUCAUAAUCAUAUUUCUGGU